AUCUAAACGCGUAUAAAAGCGCGAUGUCAUUCCUUUAUUCAAUAUUCUUUAAACUUUACACAUUCAAUACCGUUCUAUCGUCAUACAGAGCUCUUAAAUUGAACAGCGAACGCGAUCAAAAAGUAACACUCAGCCAGAGACGCAGGCAAAUCAGUUCUUCUUUAAAAAUAUGGUUAUGUUGGUUCGUCUGGCUGAAAUUGAGUACAGUUGUUGAUUUCUUACUGAGCUGGAUAUGGUUCUAUUGGCAAAUAAAAUCAUUCUUUUUACUUACUUUCGUCUUAACAAGUAGGCAGACAGCUGAUAUGCUAUUUACCGACGCACUCGAGCCUACAUUGUCUCCUUAUGAACAAUUGAUAGAUAAAUCACUCUGUUUCUUGAAAGAUUCAGCUGAAAUUGGAAGUUACUUACUAACAAAUGUGAUAUUCUCAUCGAUAAAGGAGAAAAUACAAAGUAUAGAACUUCUAAGGCAGUACUUUGAACUUGAUAAACCACAGCCACCAACUACACUAAAGACAAAGAGAGUAGUCAGACGUACAACAGGCCCAAUCGUUCGUCAACGCAAGAAUAUGAUCGCUAACAAUCAUAAUACCCAAACAGAGAAAGUUGGUGAUAUCAACAGAAGCAAAACUAUCGCAACAACUCGUCCUAAUGUUGUUUUGAAGCGUGCACAAGCUUUCAAGAAGAAUGAUGAGACCUCCAAACAAUACACAAUUGGAAGUGAAUCAUUAAUUGAUAAUACACCAACUUAUAUGAGCACGCCCAAAUCAAUGGUAUCACGUAUUCAUAAGAAGGCUGAUAUAACUCCAUACAUACCAGGAGCUAUACCAAAUACACCGCCAUCAACGCGUACGAGAUCACAAACCCGGGAGAAUCGCAUCCAUAAUGAGGAGAGUCAUCAUGUUAGCAGCGAUAGCAGUAGUAGUUCAGCGGAAGAGGCUCCAAAACCACCUCUACCACCAAAAACUGGAUUACGUGCUAAGUCAAAUACCAAUUUGGGUGUAGAUAGCAUCGCAGGGAUUGACAGAAAGCGUAACGCUUCAACAGCUUCACUUAAGAGUAUCAGAAGUGCUAAUAGCGAUGGCCAACCUGCCAUAAAAACCCUUCGUCGAGCUGAUCCUAACAUGAGAAGUAGUGAAAGCUCGAAGUCAAGCUUGAGCAGUGGUAGUGAUAGUGAGAGUGACAGUAAUACAACAGAUGAAAUGAGUUUGGACAAGAAAGACGUCGAUCGAAAGAAACGCACAAGUGAGACCACUGGCGCAAAUACCCAGAAUGGGACAUCAAUACCUCGCAAAAAGCGUAUUAUAACAUCUUCAUCAAACCAAGAGGAAUCACGUGCGCCUAGGGGUGCACUUCCGACUCGUAGAGCAACCGCACCGUUGAGAGGCAGAAUGUUAAAACGUCCAGCAACACGCGGCAGAGGUCGUGGAAGAGGUACCUGACAAUGCAAAUAAACUUACAAAAUAAAUCAACAAUUCGCAACUAAAAUAACAAGCUAGAUGCAAACUCCAAAUUUCCGUUAGUAGAUUUGAGUGCUUGAAUAGCCUCUUCUCUCGUGACACCUAGCUCCAUUAACUUGUUAAUCUUAUCAUCAGAUAUAGCGCUAUUUGAUAAUGUAUUUGUAUUUGAAGCUGAACUUGAUGUACCGGCUGGCGUUUGAUUAUUGCUACUUCCUAAUGUGUUACCACUACCUGGGAACUUAUCAUUUGAAUGAGCAGGUAUUGGCGGCUGCUGUUGUACGUUAGAACCUGAACCUGAAGCUAAUUGUGCCGGAUCUUGAUGUUUGUUUUUUGGUAUUUCGUGUUC